CCUCUAGGCGACUGGCCUCAACCCAUACCACGAUAACAUUAUACUUUCCAUUCAAAUCCCAGCAGCUAUCAUCAAGUCAGUCAAUCCAAAUUCAUUUUCAUCACUUAUAAAGCCCUAGCGAGCUAGUUGCAUUAUUAUCCAUACUAUGGAUGAAGCUGUAGAGAUUCCCUCCCAUUUCCUAUGCCCCAUCUCACUGCAGCUGAUGAGGGAUCCCGUCACGGUCUCGACCGGAAUCACGUACGACCGAGAGAGCAUCGAGAGGUGGCUCUACUCCUGCAAGAAUGGCACGUGCCCCGUCACGAAGCAGCUGCUGUCCGACGCAGAUCCCAUCACCCCGAACCACACGCUCCGCCGGUUGAUCCAGGGCUGGUGCACCCUCAACGCCUCCCAGGGGAUCGAGCGGAUCCCCACCCCGAAGGCCCCCAUUGAUAGGGCUCAGAUCGCGAAGAUCCUCACCGAUGGCAGGAAACAUGCCCAUAUGCGUCUUGCAUGCCUCCAGCAGCUCAGGUCGAUUGCCUCCGGAAGCGAGAGGAGCAGGAAGAUCCUCGCCACCACAGAGUCGGGCGUUAUGGAAUUCCUCGUAUCAAUAAUCAUAAGUGAUCACGAAUCCACCAGUGUUAUCGAUGAAGCGCUGCACGUCCUACACAACCUCGACAUUUCCGAAUCCAACAUCAAGAAUCUCAUGAAAAGCGGCAGUAGGGAUGAGCUCGUGUCUGCUUUGGUUCGUGUAAUGAAAACCAGCACAAACUACCAGUCGAGGGCACAUGCGAUAAUUACUCUCAGAUCGAUCUUCAAGAUCGCAGACCCAAUGCAACUGAUCAACAUUGAGCACGAGUUUUUCCAGGAGUUGGUCAGAGUUCUGUCGGAUCAGAUAUCCCAGCAAGCCUCCAAAGCCACGCUGAAGCUCCUGGUGGAGCUUUGCCCUUGGGGCCGGAACCGGAUCAAGGCCGUCGAGGGCGGGGCAGUCCCAGUCCUCAUCGAACUCUUACUCAGCAUCAAUAACAAUAGUCCCGAUAACAGGCGAUCCUGUGAGCUAAUACUGAUCGUGUUGGACCAGCUCAGCGGGUGCGCAGAUGGACGGGAAGAGCUGCUGAAGCACGGAGCUGGGCUGGCAAUCGUGUCGAAGAAGAUCCUGAGGGUGUCACACGUGGCAAGCGACAGGGCCGUGAGGGUCUUGAGCUCGGUGUCGAGGUUCUCAGCGAACUCUAGGGUUCUUCAGGAGAUGUUGCAAGUUGGGGUGGUGUCGAAGCUUUGCCUGGUGCUUCAGGUUGAGAGCAGCCCAAAGACGAAGGAUAGGGCGAGGGAGAUUCUCAAGUUGCAUUCUAGGGUUUGGAGGAAUUCUCCUUGCAUUCCUUCUCAUUUGUUAUCAUCUUAUCCUUCUAAUUCUUCAUCAUGAAUUUUUUUUUUCCUAUAUGAAAGGAGAAAAGGAAAAAGAGACUUGUAUAGCAAUGUUUGAAAGUUUUUUGUCUCAUGAUGAAACAAUGCUUUUAUUGGAUUUCAAUCCUUAAUCCAAUUCAUGCAUCGAUUUGACCAUAUUAACGAUUAGUUUUCAAUUGGUUUCAAAUUUCUGC